CUUAGAUAAUACUGCCUUUCCAAAUCUUGACUGCGAUUCGAUCCUGAUAGAUUUCGCGGACACGCUAUUCGGUGAGACUCUCAGUCACAACUGAUAGAAUUGUCGUCCUGAUGACUCUGCAUCGGCGCUCGCUUUCUCGACGGUAACAGGCAGAGUCAGGUAGCGUGGCCAGAGAUCAUGUCGGCCACGAACCUUCCCGGGACCAGCCUUAAUGUUGUCGCCGCCUCGUCGCCGUCUUCUGAAACCGCACGUCUGCUGAAAGAAGAUGAUGCACCGAAAAAGUCGGCGGUGAAAAACUAUAAAGGCUUCGUUGCUGGAGUCUUCUCGGGCAUUGCCAAACUAUCUGUCGGGCAUCCUUUCGACACUAUCAAGGUCCGGUUACAGACAUCUGAAAUAUCACAGUUCAAGGGCCCGUGGGACUGUCUAUUGCAGACACUGAGAAAAGAAGGCCCGGCCGGGCUCUACAAGGGCGCAACCCCACCGCUUUUAGGAUGGAUGGCAAUGGAUUCGGUCAUGCUGGGUAGCUUAACUCUGUACCGACGUUUGCUCCAUGAAAAUGUCUUUUCCAACCCAACAUUCAGGCCAGGAAAGACAGCAGCAGAACUGUCGCAUGAGCCGCUUCCUUCUGUGGGACAUGGCAUGGCAGGCAUUCUUGCUGGGUCGACAGUCUCCUUCAUCGCAGCGCCCGUGGAACAUGUCAAAGCAAGACUACAGAUUCAAUACGCAGCCAACAAAGCCGACCGGCUGUACCGAGGACCAAUCGACUGCACCAGAAAAAUCCUCACACACCAUGGAAUUCGUGGUUUGUACCAUGGUUUGUUCGCUACCUUGAUCUUCCGCUCCUUUUUCUUUUUCUGGUGGGGAAGUUAUGAUGUUUUUUCCCAACUCUUCCGGCGCCAUACCUCUCUGUCCACACCCUCGAUCAACUUUUGGGCCGGUGGUCUCUCAGCACAGAUCUUCUGGCUCACCUCAUACCCUUCGGACGUGGUCAAGCAGAGAAUCAUGACGGAUCCUCUUGGUGGUGGUCUCAACGAUGGAACUCGGCGAUUUCGACAUUGGAAAGAUGCAGCAGUGACUGUGUACAGAGAAGCAGGAUGGAGAGGAUAUUGGAGAGGAUUUUUACCGUGCUUUCUCCGGGCUUUUCCUGCUAAUGCAAUGGCGUUGGUGGCCUUUGAAGGGGUGAUGCGCUCUCUUCCUGAGUGAUUUGCCAAUAUAGGCCAUCCAAGCGUGGUUGGCUUGUUACUUUAGUUUUUAUAGAAUCAAGAGGCGAUUUGGGGAGAUAGUCGGGACCAGAUCUCAACUCCAGCAAUGGGCAAAACAGUCACCUGAAAAA